CCCGCCCAUCACACAGAACCCAAGCGCGCGACCGUCAUGGCUCUGAGUAGUGCACGUCACCUUUCUCUAACAUGUAGCUAGAAACGCUAACACGACUCGAAAUUCUCCUUACAUUUGGCGUUUACAACCAAAAUUUGACUUGCACUCAUAUUUACCUGAACCAACGUGGAACAGUGUGUGAAACAUGUUUGCUAAAGCUCGUAAACCUAGCCGAGAGCCGUUGAGGGCAGAACCGAUCGUGUGAAUUUAACCGCAUUAGCUAGCCAGCUAACUGGCUUUACCUUUAGCUGCGCUAUUCGAAUGUCAUCCACGGUGUAAACAUUUAGAUGUUUAAGGAGGUGGUUUUCGAUAAGGAAGGCAAAUUUGACGUCCGCCUGAAACGUGGCGUCUUCUGGAGGAGACAUUUUAACCUGAGAAAUACUGAGACCUGAGCCAUGGGGGCGUUUUUGGAUAAGCCCAAAACGGAGAAGCUUAAUGCCCACGGGGAGGGAAAUGGCCUGCGUUAUGGCCUGAGCAGUAUGCAGGGCUGGAGAGUUGAGAUGGAAGAUGCACACACCGCAUCUGUAGGCCUGCCGCACGGUCUGGACGACUGGUCCUUCUUUGCCGUCUACGAUGGUCAUGCCGGCUCGCGCGUCGCUAACUACUGCUCCAAGCAUCUGUUGGAACACAUCGUCGCCGCUGGGUCGGCAGAUGAACUGCGGAGGGCUGGACCUCCGGCACCGGAGACGCCAGCCAUAGAGGCGGUGAAGAAAGGGAUCCGUGCCGGCUUCCUGAGGAUCGACGAGCACAUGCGCAGUUUUACAGACCUGCGAAAUGGCAUGGACCGCAGCGGCUCCACUGCGGUCGCUGUGCUGCUCUCUCCCGAACACCUGUAUUUCAUCAACUGCGGGGAUUCGCGUGCCCUUCUCUGUCGCAACGCGCACGUAUGCUUCACUACACUGGACCAUAAACCCUGCGAUCCUAGGGAGAAGGAACGCAUUCAAAAUGCGGGCGGCUCAGUGAUGAUCCAGAGGGUUAAUGGCUCGCUGGCUGUUUCUCGUGCACUUGGUGAUUAUGACUACAAGUGUGUAGAGGGCAAGGGCCCCACAGAGCAGCUUGUGUCACCAGAACCGGAAAUAUUCGAGAUUGGGCGGUCCGAUGCGGAGGAUGAGUUUAUCGUGCUGGCGUGUGAUGGUAUUUGGGACGUGAUGAGCAACGAGGAGCUUUGUGCCUUCGUGCGAUCGAGGCUGGAGGUGACAGAUAACCUGGAGAGAGUGUGCAACGAGGUGGUGGAUACAUGUCUACACAAGGGAAGUCGAGAUAAUAUGAGUAUUGUAUUAGUCUGUUUGCCAAAUGCACCCCAGGUGUCAGAGGAGGCUGUAAAGAAAGAUGCUGAGUUGGACAAGUACCUUGAGUCACGUGUUCAAGAGCUCAUAGAGAAGGCAGGGGAUGAAGGUGUGCCUGAGCUGGCACAUAUCCUGAGCAGCCUUUCCCAAGAGAGUAUCCCUAACCUCCCACCAGGGGGCGGCCUUGCAAGCAAGCACAGUGUUGUUGAAGCAAUGUACAACCGGUUAAACCCCCAAAGAGAAGAGGAUGGUAGUGCUGCUGACCUUGAGGACCCGUGGUAAUCAGCCCACCUGAGGGAAGAUGUCUACAUGAGACAUCGGUCACAUUUCUUUCAGCGAAACAAAGAGAUUCAACGGACAGUCUUUUAAGAGUCACAACACAAAUAGAAACCGUACAACCAAAAGCAUUACAAACACUUUUCUAAUACAGAAGGAAAAGUUCCAGUUGCAGUUAAAAAAACCUUCAAUAACAAAAUACAAUACAAUAAACUUUGUUCCUUGUUUUUUUUGUGGUGGCUGUGGGUGUUCAUUUUAAAACUGAGGACGUUUUUGUGGGUCGGACCCAUGGACGUGCUGUUGUGCCUUUUUCAGCUGCAAAUGAAGUGGACGUGAUGGACGACUUGAGCCAAGGAUACAAUGGAUAAACAUGGCUAUGUGACACCACUUCAGUCCCUGGUAUUGGGAUACGGAUCAUCACUGGGUUUAAUUAAGGAUGUAUUGGACUGAUAAAUGCGUGUAGACGUGAUAAAGAAUUGCUUCAUUACUAAAUAACCUGUGUGGAAAGGGUUUGAAGCUUGUUGUUUGCUUUAUGCAGCUUUCUUCCUUCCUCUCCCAACGUGCGCUGACAGACCUUUAGGUGUAGAACCUCGGACUUGACUUGGUUUCAUCUUGCAGGUUAUCACUUGAUUGGUUGUCAAAAGCUUUUUAAUCCUGCUGUUUCAGAGUAUAUAGAAUAUAUAGAGAGAAAUAUAUAUAAAUUCAUAUAUAUUAUUUUUUUCCCAAGUUUGAUGUUUUUUGUGGCUUAAGUGUGUGAGAAGCAAUAGAGCUGUGUUGGUGGCGACUGAUGAGAGUGCCACGUUGUGUGAGUUACUUUAGAUACACUGAGAUUGUUAAUGUUAUGUAUUUGUGUACACCUGCCACCAAGGAACUGUGGGUGUUGAUGUCUAAAAGGGAUCGUAACUGCCCACCAAAACCACACUUUUCUCAGCUCCCCUCUGUAUUAUAUAGCUCAGUUUUCUCUUCUUGCUAUCAGCCCUCACUUUCACAAUACAGAUGUGAACUUGCAGCAAGCUGCCUUUUUGGUUUUUCUUUUUCCAGAGUAUAUUGUAAAAGUGGUGUUUUUGUUUUGGUUAGCUGAACAUGGAAAUACUAGUUUUAUGAUAAUGAUGAAUUCACAGAUUUUCUGAUUCAUUAUACAAAUGUAAUGUUGGUUUUGCUCAAAUUUAUUUUUCAGCAGUCAAGGAUUGACAGUACUCAUUGGCCUCACAAACUGAAAGGUUAUAUUGAGCAGAACAAUAAAGAUAAAGGGAAAAGAAA